AUGACCCACUCAAACCCUUCGAUAUCAUCCAAAGAAAGCUCUGACUCGGAGUCUGAGGUCCUGGGGCCAUGGAAUGAGCUCCAUAUCAAGAUAAGGGCGAUGUUUCAUGAAGUGCGAUCUCUUGGAGAAAGCGCGGCCUCCUUGGACGAAUGGGCCCAGACCAUUGAUUCGGAUAAAUACCGGAAGAUGGAUCCAUGGCCCCAGGACCUCAUUGACGCUCACGCACAGUAUAAAGAGUAUGUUGAUUCGAUAAAGCCGGCCCACUAUGCGUACAUAGCAUACGCCCAACGCUUGACGGAUGGGGAGGUGGAAGACACCUGCGAGACAAGAAUGAAGAUACUGGAGAUAUGUCUGCGGUGGGGUGAAGCAGCAUUAGUCGCAACUGAGGCCCGGCUCGGCUUCCUUGACAGGUACCGUAAUGCGUUCAAAGAUAAGAAAGCAAUCGUUGGGCAUAUCCAACAAGCAAACGCAAAUAGAAUUAGUGCCAGGAACGCAGUUAAAUGGGCAGGCAAGAACUACCGAAGGUAUUGGCAGAACAUGAUUCGGGAGCAAAAGUAUGGAGAUGUUUUCGGUGAUGAUGAUAAGAGGGAUACCUCCAAUGCCCACUGA